GCGCGCCGAAACCUCCUCCGACCCUCAAGAUGGCGGCGCUCAUGGGGCUUCGCUCGUGUCUGUCCUCCGCCCUCCAGCUCUCAACAUCAUGGCUUCUGGUGCACAAGUCUUACAGGCUGUGUGCUGUCCCUCUUGCCCAAAGAGGAUUUGCUGCAGAGGCCAAGAAGGUGUUUGUGAGGGACAAGCCCCAUGUCAACAUUGGCACAAUUGGACAUGUCGACCAUGGCAAAACUACGCUCACUGCAGCCAUCACCAAGGUGCUGGCCGAUGCAGGAGGAACUCGCUAUAAGAAGUACGAGGACAUCGACAAUGCGCCCGAGGAGAAGGCUAGGGGUAUUACCAUCAACGCGUCGCACGUGGAGUACGUCACCCCCAACAGACAUUACUCACACACCGACUGUCCAGGACAUGCUGACUAUGUCAAGAACAUGAUCACGGGAACAGCGCAGCUGGACGGCUGCAUUCUGGUGGUCGCUGCCACCGAUGGACAGAUGCCCCAGACCCGGGAGCACCUGCUGCUGGCACGGCAGAUUGGCGUGGAGCACGUCGUGGUGUUCAUCAACAAGGCCGAUGCCGUCGAGGACCCGGAGAUGCUGGAUCUGGUUGAGAUGGAGAUUCGAGAGCUGCUCACAGAAUUCGGCUAUGAUGGAGAAAACACCCCCGUUGUCACCGGCUCUGCCCUGUGUGCCCUCGAGAACAGGAACCCUGAGAUGGGAGCCAAAGCCGUGCUGAAGCUCCUCGAAGUCGUGGACAACUACGUUCCUCUGCCCAAGAGAGAGCUGGACAAGCCCUUCCUCAUGCCCAUCGAGACGGUUCACUCCAUUCCGGGCAGGGGUACCGUGGUAACGGGGACACUCGAGAGAGGGGUCAUCAAGAAGGGAGACGAGUGUGAAUUCGUAGGACACAGUCGCUCCUUCAAGUCAGUUGUGACAGGCAUCGAGAUGUUCCACCAGUCUCUGGAGCGAGCUGAGGCGGGGGACAACAUGGGGGCCUUGGUGAGAGGACUGAAGAGGGACGACGUCAGGAGGGGGAUGGUCAUGAGCAAGCCAGGGUCCAUCAAGCCGCACCAGAAAGUGAAGGCGCAGGUGUACGUGCUCAGUAAGGAGGAGGGUGGAAGACAUAAGCCCUUCAUGACCAACUUCAUGCCUGUCAUGUUUUCUCUUACCUGGGACAUGGCCUGUAGGAUCAUCCUACCUGGAGACAAGGAGAUGAUUAUGCCAGGGGAGGACGCAUCACUAAUCCUGACGCUCCGGCAGCCCAUGGUCUUGGAAAAGGGUCAGAGGUUCACUUUGAGAGAUGGAAACAGGACCAUUGGAACUGGGUUGGUAACUGAAAUACUGCCCAUCACUGAGGAGGAUCAGGUCAACUGGGGUUAGAAGAGCAGAAAGUCAUUUGAAGGGACUGGAGACUCUUCCUGUGAUUGUCUUACAGCUUGAAAGACUUGGAAAAUACUGUAGGUUCUGAUAUAUUGUGCUGCACUGUCGUUACCAGUUCUUGAGAACCGGAAUUAGUUGCCAAGAAUUCUGCAGGAAAAGGUUCGGAUGCAAUUCUUGGUUUCCCCUGUUCAGUCAUGCUGCACCAUUUUACAAGGUUUUUUAUUUUAUGACCAAUUUCCCAAUGUUCUAUGAAUUUGGCUGCACAUUUAAGAUUUCAGUUUUGUGUACUAGUAAUGUUUUUUUGCUACUUUUUGUACUGCUGUAACAUGUGGCUUGUUAUAUAAAAGUAUGUGGUGCAGCAGUUACCUGUUCAUACAAUAAAAGCAUGAUGUAGAGGCCCACCUCUGUACAGUUCAAGGCAGUCUAAGUUCUCCAGUUAUAUACUUUACAUUUAUGAGACCCUUUUCUCCAAAGCGACUUCCAAUUAACUCUAUGUAGUGUUACCA